CUGUCGAUAUCUCAGUUCUGAUGUCCGCUUCACGGCUCGCUCAGCUCUUGAAACGAUUCAAGUUGCCACCGUCGGCUUCACAGGCAGAGCUACGUCGGGCCUACUACAAGCGUGCGAAGUUGCUCCACCCGGACAUUGCCGGGGAGGCAUCCGAAGCAGACUUCAAGCGUUUGCGGGAGGACUACGAUGAAGCUACUGAGCUGCUCCAACAGGCAGCCUCCGGCAGUCAAAGCUAUGGCGGCUAUGGCUAUGGCCCGUCAAAGGGACCGUGGGAUCAGAGCUACACCACCCCAGGAGGUCAGAAGUGGUCAGGCGAAGCGUUUGGAGGCCAUUUCUAUGGCAACUCUGGGUUUCGAGCGGGCAAGGUUGAUUUCGAUCCUCGCGCAUUCCGGGAGAGGCAGAGAUCCCACAGCCGACCUGAACAAAGUGGCUACAGCUACCAGGCAGCAGGUCGUGCCUCCAAUCACAAGGCUCCUUCAAGAAGUUUCAACCCGGCCCACAUCUUCAAGACCUCCGUCGCCAUGGGUAUGACGCUGUUGGCUGGGCAAGCAUGGAUGGCACGGCUGCAACGCGAUGCCAUGGAGUUUCGGGGUGGGAAGGUGUACAACUGACACCGGAAUUGCCUUCCAUGACUUCAUGCUGAGCUUCUGGGUCCCAUCAACACAUCAGGCGGCCCCUGGCCAAAUCAGUUUUCAGACAGAGGGCCCGUGUGGCCAUGGACCGGCAAAGUCGAAAAC